CGUGCGCCGUGGCCGGUCGUCGUGGCAACGGGACGCGGUGCCAGGCUGUGUGAGGGCUGGGGGCCGGGGGCCGCCUGUUGCCUGUCAUGUCGGAGAUUCUGUGCGAGUGGCUGAACGAGGAUGUGAAGCUCUCCCGGAGCGUGGUUCCAGGAUCCUUUUCAGAAGAAUUUUCUACUGGCUACCUCCUAGGAGAACUUCUACACAAAUACGGUCUUCAGGAUGACUUUAAUCAAUUUUCACAGAGCAGGGUUGCAAAUGCAAAACUUAACAAUUUUUUGCGCCUGGAACCCACGCUUCACCUCCUUGGGGUACAGUUUAAUGAGAAUGUGGCCCAAGACGUCAUGACAGGACAGCGUGGGGCUGCAACAAAGCUUUUAUAUGAAUUGUAUAUUGCUUUAGAAAAAAAGAGAAAGGCAAAGCUCACUGGAGUAGCCAUGGAAGCAAUGAGACCUGCAGCAACUGCAAAGCUUAAGUCUUUUGAAAGUGUUUUGUAUCAAGAGCGUUUGAAAACUUUAACACCACGUCAGGCUGAUUUACAGCUACACCAGAUUUCAGAGAAUUUUGAAAUAAAAGCUAAAGCAAUAGAAGAUAAAAUAGCUCGUAUACGUAUUGCAGAAGAACAGAAAGUUCAGAAGCUCCGAGAGGAACAAAGAUCCCAUGACAUGGAAAAGCAUCGCAUGGGAAGAAGGAGACAAAAUGAAAUAAUGGCCAAGAUUCAUGCAGCCAUUAUACAGAUUCCAAAGCCAACACCAAGCCACACCAUAAAAGCUAAUGAAGCAAAAAAAUUCUUAAAGAAGAAAAGAGAAGCAGAGGACACAUACAAGGAGAUUAAAAAGUUUGAGGAGUCUGUGGCAGGAAAUGCCUCUGCAGUACACAGCCAAGUCACUGACAGCAAUAUACAGGAAUCAUUGCAAACACAGAAGUUGCAAGAAACAACUCUAGAAACUACAGCACAGACAGCAACAGAGCUGUUAAAUAUUUAUUCAGAUGAUGAAUAUAUAAGGAAAAUUCAAAAACAGUUAGAGGAAGAUACAAUUGCUAGAGAACAAAGAGAAAAGAGACGACGAAAAAUGCUAAUGGAACAGUUAACAACACAUGAAGCUGAAGAGGAGGCUUACCGUGAGGAGCAACUUAUUUACAGGCUAAUGAGACAAUCUCAGCAGGAGCGGAGAAUUGCUGUUCAGCUCAUGCAUGUUCGACAUGAAAAAGAGGUGUUAAGGCAAAACAGAAUUUUCAGGGAAAAACAAUAUGAAGAAAGACGACUGAAAGAGUUCCAGGAAGCUCUUGAUAGAGAAGCGGCUCUUGCAAAACAAGAAAAAAUUGAUAAUGAAGAAGAAAUUAUCAAAGAAAGAGAACGUAAUGAGAAAAUUGCCAUUGAAAGAGCUCAAGCACGUUAUAAAAAGCAUUAUUCUAUAUGUUGGGAAGUGAUCAACCAAAUAAUUGAUUUGUCGACAAAAGUAGGAGAAUAUCAUCUACUGACAAACAACAGAAUUCCAUUAAAACUGAUGCUUGAUUGGAAGGAAUUCUUUUUUAAUGGGAAACCAAUGUAUGAACAAGCCUCAAUUCAACCAUUGCCAAAUGAACCAAGCCCAGAACAACUUAUAGAGCUGAAUAAAAUGAAUCUGUUAGACGAAAAAGAUUAUGGUGAAUACAAGAGUAUGACAGGGGAAUGGUGCCCAGCUGAAGAGAACAGUGAAAACAAACCUCCUCUUAAUAACAUAUUGGGUCAUGUGCUUCGUAGACUGAGGGAGAUUUUCUAUCCUCCAGAACCCAAAUCUUCACCAUGUGUAUUUCCUCCAUUUGUUAUCAAGGGAUGCAUUUUGGGAAAAGUUUUAAGUGGAAAAACUACCUGUGUAAAGUAUAUUGAAAAAGCUUGCAAUAUUCAGGUACUAUCUGUUGAUGCUCUGGUUCAGGAGGCUAUCCAAGCUUUUCUUAAAAAUGAAAUGGAAAGUGAACACAAUGUGAUUCCACAAGAAGCAGAGGGUUCUGGAGAACAAAAUGAAGUCCAGAAGAACUUGUCAGAAUCACCACUGAAAGUUCUAAAGAAACUCCAAACAGAAACACCUAUCAAUGGAGCUAAAGGCAAUUUUCCUGUCAGAAAGGAUCCAUCUGGGCAAGAAUUUAAAACAGAAAACAGUCAGGAUGGUCUAUCCAAGCUAUCUGUACGUGCCCAGCUUGGCGCAUCAUCACAGAAAUUGUUGAAGAAUGGAAGAAGUAUUCCUGAUGAAUUACUAAUUGAAAUCCUGUUGGAAGCCAUUAACCAAACACCACCAGAGAAGGGGUGGAUUGUGGAUGGGUUUCCAAUGACAAUUAAUCAGGCAAAGCUGUUUGAAAAAGCCUAUACAGGGAUUGAUCCAGGAGCAGAAGAUGCAAAUCCUGGAAAGCUCUCACUUGUUACAGAUCCCAGAGCCCCUAAAAAGCCUCCUGUUGUUUCACCUGCAUUUGAUAUUUCUGUAUUAUUGGAUAUUUCAGACACUGUGGUACUGAAACGUGUGGCUAACUUGAAUUCAGAUAAAUCAAAGCCAUCUCAAACUGAACAGGAGAACAACAAUCAGAAUUCAGAUGCUGAAAUCCUAGAAGAGAAGAUCGACUUAGCCAGGGACCAGGUGCUACAUAGACUUUCAGGCUUUUUAGACACGUGGCCAAAAUUAGAGAAAUGGUUUUCAGUCCAUCAAAAUGUUCUAGUGAAGGUCAAUGCAGAGACAGAAGAAAGUGUCAUGUGUGAAACAGUGAAGGAAAUUAUAAUGGAAGAAAUUGAAAAAAACCAGAAUAGAAGGUCUGCUCAAGAAAUCUCACCAGGAAAAAGCCUUCUACCAGUUACACAUCAAGAUCUGCUUCCUCCCAUUCCUGUGGCACCACCACCAGUUGAACCAGGAUCACGUGAAUGGAUUUAUGUAGAUGAACCACUUCCCAAAGAGAUACCUGCUUUUUUAGUACCUUACUGGGAAAUGGUAGAAAGUACAUAUAUGAAUACCAUCAAAACUAUACUUAGGUGUCUAAGGGAUGAACAGCACUCUGUGAUUUGUUACUUAGCAGACGUUAGAAAAAAAUUCCAAGAUUAUCUGAAGUGUCCAGACCAUAAACAGGAGUUUGUAUCUCAGUGGCAAUCAGAUUUUAAUUCAGUUGCUGAUGACCUGCGAGAAGAUGAGGAAACAAAAGCAGAACUACACCAAAGAGUUACUGACCUAAGAGAUCUUCUCUGGGAUAUCUGUGAUAACAGAAGGGAAGAAGCAGAGCAGGAACGUAUGGAUAUCAUGAAUGAUGGCUGGUUACCAGAUCAUAGGGGGAUUGCAAUGAACCAUUUCUUUUCACUUAUGCAGGUUGAAGUGGAUCGUUUCCAAGAUACAAAAAGACUUCUUCAUGAUUAUUAUAGGGCAAUGGAAGGAAAAAUCCCAACGGGUGAUGGUCAAGAUUUUACUAGAAUCCCUUUGUUAGAUAUUAAUGAUGUAGAGCAGAAAGAAGAUAAAAACAAAUCAAGAAGGAUUCCUCUUGUUUCAUGGAAACUGCCUUCACCAGAACUAAGUAUUACCAAGCCAAAAAUCAAGGGAACUCUACAGAAGAGUGCUAAGGAUGAGAAUUCUGAAAAUGGAGCGGCCACUUCCAGGAAAGAUGAAAAUCCUAUUACUGAUACAUGGCAAGCAGCAGUAACAGCAGUAUCAAAUAUGGUAACAGCUGAAAUACAGUCUAAAGAAAUGGAGGAAGAAAAAGAACAUCAGCAGCUAGAAGUGAAAGAAGAUCUGAAAUUUUCACAGACGCUGUCAGGCAAAGCUACUGGGAAAGAUGUCAAAGAUGCCAAAAAGCUUUGUCCCAAAUCAUCUUCUAAAAAGAAAGGACCACCUUCUACUGCAUCUGUAGUUGAAGCCAGUCCAAUUCCUACAACCCCAGAAGAAUUAAAGAAACGAGAACUGGCACUUAAAAUAAAGCAAGAAUAUUUCACUGCCUUGAAACAUGAGGAGAUAGCCACAAAAUCUCGACUAGAACUCAUAAAAGAAAAAGCUUUAGCAUUUGUUGAAGAGCUAACAGUGAAAACAGAAGAGGCUUAUAAAGACCUGGAAAAGUGGCUUGGAUCCAGGUUCUUGGCAGAAAUGUCUAGUGUUGAAAAGCUGACUGAAGUUGCACGACAUCAUAUUGAGAGUUCUAGCAAAAUCCAAUAUGAAAUUACUUUAGAAGAAACAGAUUUCUUCAUCAGCAGUGACAUAAAAGUGAUUCCUGACUGUGUUCCUAAACCACACGCUCCACACAUAGAGACCUCUGGGAGCAGUGCUCUAACUAUUUCACAACUUACUGCACUUCAUAAACAGUUUCUACAGGUGGCACCUAAAGCUAUAAGAGCACUGAAGCAAUUCAAAAGCAAGAGUAAUUCUUCUAGCAAGAGAGAAGUUGGUGACAGAGGGAAAGAGAAGAAAGAUUUGGAACAACAGAGAUCAAAGAGGAAUCGCCAGUUUCCAAAAAUAUGGCUAACAAAAUACCCUUGGCUAAAAUAUGAUGACGAAAGGGGAAUAAUGUUUUGUGCACCAUGUCGUAAACAUAGUGUGGAUUUGGGGGAAAAUAUUCAUAAUUUUUGUUCCGGCACUGAUGACUUCAAACUUGAAUUUAUAAAUACACACCAGAGUAGUGAAGCCCAUGCCUGGGCUACCUGUGUGGAAGCUGCCAGUACUGCUUCACCAGAUAUAGCAUCUGCUGAGCAGAUGUUGAAGAGCAUGAACUCCAUAACAUUAGGUAGAGUAGAAAAUAUUUUUAGAACAUGCCAUGCUAUUGCUAAAUUUGGUCAUCCCUUUACAGACCUUGACUGGAUGUGCAAACUAGAUGAUAUGAAAGGUGUGGAUAUUGGGUCUGUAUUUAGAAAUGAAAAGUCAGCAAAAAUGUUUAUACAUUUUUUUGCUGAAGUAGAAAGAAGAGAUUUGAAGGAGAAACUGGAGAAAUGUAAAUUCUUUUCUGUUAUUAGUGAUGGAGUCACAGACAGUAUACUCAAAGCAGCUGCAGUUGUCUAUGUACGCUUUGCAAAUGAAGGAAAAGUCCAUUGCCAGAUUGUUGGGGUUCAACCUAUUCACAAAACUGGUGCUUCAACUAUAAAAAAUGUAAUUGAGGAAACAUUACAAAUAAAUCUUCAGCUCAGUCUGGCAAGCCAAGACUGGUCAAGAAAAUUAGUUGGGUUUGGAAGCGAUGGUACAGAUGUCAUGUUAGGAGAAAACAAUGGGGUGGCUAAAAUUGUAAAGGAAAUUCAGCCUUGUGUACAGUCUGUGCAUUUUUCUGCUCAUGGCCUAAAGCUGGCUUACAAAGGGGCACUGAAAAGUAUUCAGCUAUUCAACAUGUUAAGCGAAGUCUUGAGAAAUAUAUAUUGCUUUUAUCAUAAUUCACCUCUAAAUAAGAAUAAUCUCAAAGCAACAUAUGAAGCCAUUAAGUUACGCCCAGCUAUUCCUUCUCGCAUUGGAGGCUCCCAGUGGCUUCCUCGUCUACAAACAGCUCUACAAAUUCUCCUUAAAGGUUAUCCUGCAAUUGUUCUGCAUCUGAGUAAGAUUGAAAGAGAUUCUGGAGCCUCAACCCAGCAGAAAGUUAAAGACCUUUUACACCUUCUUUUGAGAAUGGAGAUAGUCAAGUUUGCUCACUUCUUGUUGGAUGUCAUCAAUGUCCUCAACAUUCUGUCACGUGUUACUCUGGAUCACAACUCCUCCAUUGCAGACAUAUUUGCAACCGUGCAGUCAACGCUGGAAACACUCCACAUGUAUCAAACAAGAGCUGGUCCAAAGGAACGCCUUAUGGAGACCAUUGAGCACUUUCACGGUUACCAGCUUGUUGGAAAUGGAAAUAUUUCUGCAAUACGAACCAAAGUACUAAGUAAUUUGGUGAAGAGGCUACGUGAUUGUUUUUGUGAUGCAAGUGAAGAUGUUUUGAGAGCAACUACUAUUGGAAGUUUUAAAUUAUGGCCUGACAAAAUGAAACAAGGUAUACAACUGUAAUUUGGUGAAAAGGAAGUGUCUGUCUUGACUAAACAUUAUAAAGUUGUACUAGAAGCUGCUAGUGUGAAAAUAAGAAGUAGUGAAGUAGAAACUGAAUGGAGCAUGCUGAAAUUAGAGCUGUAUAACAGAUUUCACAACAUCCAGACCUUGACAUGGGAUUCAGUGAACUCAGAUUAUUCAAAGAAGUAUCCUAACAUCCUGACACUGGUAGAUUUGAUCCUAACUCUGCCGGCAAGCUCAGCUGAAACAGAGCGAGGCCAGUCAAAUGAAACUCACCAUGAUGCAUUUACUGUCUAAACUAAGGUCUGAAAGUGUGACAGAUCUUAUGAUAAUUCAGAUGAAUUCUCCUGAUAUCAAAAAAUUUGACCCCCAGAAAGCUAUAAAUCUGUGGAAUGCUUCUUGGCAGAGAAAUAGAAGACUACAGGAAGUUGAUGUGAUGACAAAUGAAAGACCAGAUUACAUGUCUGAGUUUGAUUUGGAGAGUGGAAGUGACUAGAUCAAGUUGCUGGGUUUUAUUUCACAAUCUUCUUGUAACAUGGACACUUAAUAGAAUAUUUGGCAGGGUUAAUGGGUGUAAAAGUUAUAUUUUGUUCGUAAUGUAUUAUAAUGUUAAAAUAUGGCUUUUUCUUUUUGUUCACUGCUGAAGCACCAGGAGAUGUUUACAUUUGCCCUUUUAUACCUGACUUUGAUAGACCUGAAGACAAUGAACCAAAAUAAUGAAGUACAUUCUUACCUUGACAACAUGUGAACAGAGAGAUGACUCAUAACUUCAAUCUGACUGUUUUUUGCAUUUAGCUAAAUCAAGAUACAUUAUAGUCACUGGGAUUAACGGUCAUCUUAUUAUCAGACUUUAGUAGUUCAAGAAGCUUCAUUGAUUCUGAAACCUCUGGUUUUCUUUUGAUAAAUAUAUGGAAUAUCAGUGCAUUAUUUCUGUCAAAUGAUUGCUUGACCUCUCUAGCCUAUGAAUUUUGGGUCAUACCUUCUCUCCAUAUCUGUAUGUAUUGCUACUUUUUACUCUCUUGUGGAUAGGGUUUAACAUGACCUUGCACAGGUUUUUGUCAGAUUUGUCCUUCAGAAGUCUUUCCUACAGAGGCAUAACAGAUCCAUUUUCCAUCGCUGAUUAUUAAUUGCACAAAUGAGUUUUUCCUUAGGAAACACUCUUACAGCCAGGAUAUGACUAGUAUACUUCACAGCUUGAACCACUUUUUUUUUUCCUGUAAAAAUGUUUGUGGAGGUUGCAAUAAGAAUGCUAUAUCUUGAUUUUUAAUCUAGGAGCUGAGAAUGAGAAUUGUUCAGAGAAGUAUCUGAUUUCAUAAUUUCAUAAUUCUACAUGUUUUAAAUGCAGCUUUCUACUUGAUAAUUUCCAAUCAAGAUAAAUCACACCAGCAGAAUAUAUUUCUACCAUCAAGGAAAAAACAAUGAUUUGUAUCAGAAGAUUGCUAAAGCGAAAUAAUUUAUGACCCUUCUUAGUUCUUCCAACAGUGAAGAUGAAAUAGAAAUGAUCUGGGAGAAAUGAAUGUGAGGUCAUUCACCUUUAAAUCAACCCUUUUCUAAAUCAAGAUCAACUUUCUACUUUCAAUCAAAAACACAUCUAGUAAUUGCAGAAGAUAUAUAUAUACACAUACCCAUAUAUAUAGUCUUGUGUGUGUGUCUUUCAUACAUAUUCGUGCUACUUCAAGGUCUAAACAGUAUGUCAGAAAUAAAGUAGGUUUUGAAUGCAUGCCUCAUUAAGGGAUAUUAGUCCACUCAGUAUAUUUAAUCUGUAGGGAUCAGAAAAAGAGAUCAGUACUGUGUGUUAUAUGGUGAUAAUAAAAGAUCCGUUAUUGAAAAACCAUCAUUUGUGAUUUCUCAGGUAACAAGAAUGUUUAGUUACACUUUACCCAAUAAGCAACAGGAUAUAUAUUAAGCAGGACACCUUAUUAGAUAUGUGGCAUUGCUAAUUCUAAGGAUUUUCUCUUAAGUCACAUAAUACCAAGCUUUUCUCCAUGAAGUUUUCAAAUGGGAAGAUUUUAACUAUGAUGGUAUAAGAAGAAGUUUGAAAGUGUGUCCCCAGAAUGUCCAACAGCAGAGGACAAAAAAGAAAGUCGUGAAAAAAAGUAUGUUUAGAAUCUAUAACACUGAAGUCACUCCAUGAUGCACAGGGGCAGCAUCCCAUUUUUAGUAUUAGAUUUAAGAUAAUGGAUACAUUUCCCGUGGAAAAAUACUAGCAAAAUCUUGGUAUCGUAACAAGCAGUUGGAAAGGGAUAUCAAGAAGUCAUCCAUGUCUAAAAAUGGGAUCAAGUUUGGGCAGGCAAUCUGUACCCAGUAUUUGCCCCUUGUUCUUUCUUGAUAAGCUUCUAAAAUAGUCCACUGUAGACUGUGUGGUUUGUUUUCCUUAGUGCUUUGGUAUCCUUCUGAUUAUAUGGGGUUUUACUACUAUUGAAGUAUUUUAAACAUUAAAAUUAAACACUUAAACAUGACGAAAAACUUCUUUCCUGUGCGGGUGUCAGAGCAGUGGAACAGGCUGCCCAGGGAGGCUGUGGAGUCCCUUCCCUGGAGACAUUCAAAACCUGCCUGGAUGCGUUCCUGUGCCCCCUGCUCUGGGUGUGCCUGCUCAAGCAGGGGGGUUGGACAAGAUGAUCUCCAGAGGUCCCUUCCAACCCCUGCUGUUCUGUGAUUGUGUGAUUUUGCUGCAAAUACAUUUUAUUUCCUAUCAUUCUUCCUAACUGCAGCUAUGGUGAGGGUGUUAUCCCUAUCCUCUUCGGAACAUUUGGUUUUAACUGGUAAACUACUGCUAUGUUUUCUCAAUCUUCCUUUCGUAGAUGAAGUUAGCAGAAUUCAUUCAACCUUGCCUCCCAAGAUGUUUUCUAAGCCUGUGAUUAUUCCUGCUGCAUUCUUCUGGGCACUCUUUAGUUUCCAUACAUCCUUCUAGGUUUGCAUGUAGCAACAUUGUAUUCCAGCAGAAGCCUUACCAACUGAAAAUAAUGCAAGGAUUAUUUCCAGUGUUUUCCCAUGUACUUUCUGGUUAUACUGUAAUCUGCCAUAAUACCUAAAGCCUUUUCUACAGAAAUUUUACUUUGGCAGUAAGAUCCCAUUGUGACAUUUAUGCAGUUCAUUAUUUCAACCCAGUAUGGCACUUGACAUUUAUUCUUAUUGGAUAGUGUCCUUUUUACCCUAGUCUAUAUCUCCAAUUUGUAAAGUUCACUUUGAAUUCUAAUCCUGUUCCCCAAUGUUACUGAAGCCCUUUCCUGAUUAAUCUGCAAUGUAAUAAGUGUAUUAAUUUGUGCAGUCUGUUUCCUCAGAGUACUUUGAUCUGUUUCCAGUGAAAUUUACUUACUGAUCUUAACCAUCUCUACAGUUUUUCAAAGUCUUUUUGAAUUCUGAUUAUUUUUCCAAAAUGCUUGCUAUCCCUUCUAAUUAAAAGUGUUU